AUGAUGCUGCCUGUCCUGCUACGUCCGUGCCUCCGCUGCCCUUCUUCCUCUGUGCUCUUCACUCGAUGCAUGCGCACACACACACUCCAUUCUGAGGCUGAACCUCUCCUGCGAAGGAGGCUUCCUCUACGCUUCCAGACACAGACCCGGGGCAGGAAGUCCAGAAGCCAGGAGGAGCAGUGGAGGAGCAGGAACAGGACAGUGCUGACAUACAUUGCAGCAGCAGGGGUGGGAAUGAUUGGCCUGUCCUAUGCUGCGGUGCCUCUCUACAGACUCUACUGUCAGGCGACCGGGCUUGGAGGCACGGCGGUGGCCGGCCACGACGCAUCUCUGGUGGAGACGAUGAAGCCAGUGAAGGAGCGCGUCAUCAAGGUCACCUUCAACGCCGACACACACGCCAGCAUGCAGUGGAACUUCAGACCACAGCAGGCAGAGAUCUACUUGGUUCCAGGUGAGACAGCACUAGCCUUCUACAGAGCAAAAAACCCCACUGAUAAACCCAUCAUUGGCAUCUCCACCUACAAUGUGGUGCCCUUUGAGGCAGGGCAGUACUUUAACAAGAUCCAGUGUUUCUGUUUCGAGGAGCAGCGCUUGAACCCUCACGAGGAGGUAGACAUGCCCGUCUUCUUUUAUAUUGACCCAGAAUUUGCCGAGGACCCGCGGAUGGCCAGGGUGGACACCAUCACCCUGUCCUACACCUUCUUCGAGGCCAAGGGUGAGCCACUCCCCUUGCCUGGAUACAGCUACAAUUGAGCAGAUCUGAACCCUGUGGGUUAGACGUGCAACAGCAACUGGAAGAACAAUCCCAGUCAAUCCAUCCUGUAAAUGUGUCAAAACAUGUUGGGCUCUUGAACUAAACCAACACGUUUUCAAAGGGCGUGUGAUGAUGUUGGGGGUUUGUUAUUUAUUCUGGGCUCCGCUUGUGUUUUUAUGAAUCAAUCUGCUUCAGAGCAGAUCAAGCACCAGCCUCUGCAUGAGGCAUGAUGAACAUUUGGCCUCCUCAGUCAGUCGUUGACUCCAAGCAAAACUGUUUUAAAAUGACUGUGACGAUGUAGAAACUUUGAUUGCCUCCACUCUACUGACUCAUAUGAAUGGAUCAGGCCUUAAACAAACUCAAAGAAUAAUGCUGGCUUUUCCCCACCUAAGGUCGGGGUGAGUCAUCAGUUCACAAUGAGGAGAAACAGUCAGUAUCUGGUUCUGAGGUGUAGUCUAUAAGCAUCAUUUCAGUGGCUGAAGAUAGUUAUUCAGUCACAGCUGAGGUUCAUAUUGAAUCCAUAAAUGAUGAAGGUUAAAUUCAGAUUCUGUGUUUAUUAAAUCUGAGACAUGUUAAACAAAA